GGCCCUCGUCCUCGGACGCCGUACCGGGGUUGGGCGCAUCCGCCCGCAACACAUUGGAAAGCGUUACUGUGUUAUUUUAUGUCCGCAACUCGAGACGCAGGCGAUGAACGCGUCCCGCCAGGGACCGCACCGCGCACGGUUCCGCCCGCGGUUUUCCACUAGACGGACUCCGACGCUUGUAGACGGGCCACUACAACCGUGGACUGCAACCAUGAGCUCGGCAGUUUCUUUGCUACUGUGAUUGGCAGCGUGCAACGGCCGUCAGAGUGGUUUCAACCCUGAGACAGAGUGAGCUGCGGAAGUGCCUUCGGUGUGUGAUCGUGACGAUGCGAUAAGGGGAGGGGCGGACACGGGCUGGGAACGCAGUGGCGUCUUGGACACGACGUGAAUCGUCAGCUCGAACCACGGUCGCGGCGGCACGCGAGCGCGUCUCUGCUCAGCCAGGGGGGAUUCGCCGGCGCAUUCAUUAGAGGUCGACAAGCGUUUCGACCCGUUCACAUCAUCCGCUUAGCCUCGAGACGUCGGGCUGCAUCGAUGGCGCGGAAACGGACGGCUGCCACCCCGAAGGUCGACGGUUACUUCGAGGCGCGAUACGGACUAAGGCGUGCAAUGAUCGCGGCGUGCGGACUGGCAACCGGGUGUUGCUCGCAGGAGAAACGGAAGUGCAGAAACGUCGCAAGGAGGGAUAAGCCGAAGACACCGUUGAAGAGGCGUCACUCCGGUGCUGAUGUGCAAGAUGGCGCUUCAGCGGCAAUUUGCAACUUCAGCCUUGAUGAAGAUCAAGUCGACACAAGUGCCGAGAAAUCUCUUGUCUCGGCCGUUGUCUUCGAAGGACGAAAACGAAGGAUCCUGCAAGGAAAAACCACGAACGAGGUUCACGCCAGCCAAGACGAUAAAAAACCGAGUGCAGUACUUGAAGCCUCGGCGAGUACCACAAUGCGUCAGCAGGCUGAACAACCAUCAGUUGUUCUCGCAAGGAAAGUGCACCAGCUACGUAAAGGCUGUCCGACUGCAUCUGGCGAGGCGGCGAAGGUGCUGCCAGAAGGUACGCGAGCAACAAGAGCAACGCCGGAAAAGCGUCGAGAGCUAGAUCAGAGAGUGCGACUGCGCAAACAACGGGAAGCGAAUAGGCGUGAGGAAAAUUGUCGGCGUCAAGUCGUCCGAGAGUCACCAGCGCCCGCGAAGCACGGGGCGUGCAGUGAGUCGAAGACUUUGGUUGCUAAAAAAGCAGCUGUAAGCCGCACACGCAGUGCAUCUAACAAGAAGGCAUCGAAGGACCAAGUCAGCGCAAGCAGUGACGUCUUCGGACCCGGUGAGCCCUAUUGUUCCCUGGAUGUGCCGAGAGACGGGGUGCCAUUUUGUGGGCCCGUUGUAUUUGCUCCGCUCUUGCCACCGUCUGCUGUGGUAGAGGGAGGACGUCAAUGCCUUCUGGGCUGCGACUCAACUGAUCCGCAGGGGAUAUUGACGACAUCGGUUACCGUCACUGGUUGCAGUGAAGUACCGUGUGCAUUAACCCAAGAGACAUCCAGUCGGGGUACAGGCAAGAUGAUAUCUGAGAAACCUCAGCAGCCCAUCUUUGCGAUGGAAACGCCGCUCAUUGAACAUUCUGUAGUUGGAAGCGGUGAUGUCCGUCGAAGCUGUGCUUUUGACAGAGAGGAUCGGAAGCUUGAUGGCAAUGCAUGUGUCGUGUUCUCAAGUUACUGCGAAGAUGUUCACACAGCUGAGCAUAGAGCUUGUCGACGGGAUGUAUGCCUAGAGCUGACUGAAGAGGAUUGUCGACCAACGGCCGUCCCACUGAUCUCGCCUACUCGCUCAGCAGAUGGCGGGAGUGACUUGGCUGCUGCAACGCGUUCGCUUCCGGCACCAGAUGAUCGUACCAAUCCCCUGAGAGCUCGAGAGUUGAGUGCGGCGGUAAGCAAGCAUGCCAGUGCAACGAGCGCCAGUAUCGGCCUUCCGGACUUUGCUCAAUCAGAAGCGCCCGACAGUUCUGCCAACGCAGCUACCAUUGCCGAGUUUCAUUGUGGCCAAAAGGGCACAAUGACCUCGAGACGCAUUCGCGAAGAAACUGAUGCAGCCGAUGGUAUCGCUCGUCCGCAUGAACCAGUGUUUGGACUCGUCAGCUCGCCACAAAAGGACUGUCAGUCUUCGCUGAUCUCAUUUGACGAUGGUAGCAGCAUUGCUGCGGACGAUAAAUGCGCUUUGUCGCAAGGUGGGUCAGAAGAUGGGGACGCGAUUUUCGGUGCUGAACGCGUGUCCUCCGGGGCGAGGAAGAGAGCAGGUGAUGUGCAGGUUGCCUCUGGAAUCGUUCCAGGUCAGGACACACGGCCGACUAGUCUCGGACUUCUUGUUGGCCCCGAAAAAUAUUCAUCGCGAAACUGUCCGGCAGACGAGAACAUGACGCUUGAGUUAUGUGCAGAUAGUAAUGUGCCUGCACCAGAAGGCGUUGCUUCCAGUCUUGUCCAAUCUGCAGAGGAUGAGCAGUGCAAUGAACAACGGAGACAGUGCUGGGACGUAAUGCGCAACAACAUUUCCCCUGAACCAAGUAGGGGUGGUGGAGAUGAAAUGAAUACUCAAACCAAGAUCCUGCUUUCUUUUCAAAGAGCGUCCGUCGACAAACACACGUCUGACACUGAACCCGAGAGCCCCCUUUUAUAUCAGCAAAGGAACUCUGUAAAUGGAGAAAAUGGAAUUGAGUUGUUUGCAAGCCCUUCUGCUGAGAGGAGGCAGUCCGGGUACCGCGACAUUUUUUGUGAAUACGAGAAAAUUCCGAACGAGCGAAGUCAUUCCCCAUAUGACACUUCCGAACCGAGUCUUCAUGCGGCUGAUAGAGCUCUUCUCGAACCCGGAAACAGCGUUGCGUGUUUAGAAAGGCGGCUUGCCGAUGGUGACAGACGUGGUGUGUGUCCCGAGUACCAGAAGGUUACUUAUCUGCAGAGGCAAUCUAGACACACCAACCUCAACCUCAUUGGUGAGUCCGAAAAUAAUACUUCUUUGGGGAGGAGUUGUGCCACUGACGGAUGGCUUGACAGGUCGGAACGCUUGCCUUCUCAGCGGAGACAGUCUGUGCAUGUUGGCGUUCCAGCUACAACUUACGAAAACGGCACGUCUCGGCAGCGAUGGUGCGAUGGUGAUGAUUUGCUUCUCGAGUCAAUGGUCUUGGAUUCUCCAAAGAUAACAACGUCCGAACAGGGUGUUCAGGUUGAGCGCCAAACCUAUCCGCACGAGCCUAUGGAGUCUCCAGUUCCUAUUCCCGACAGCUUCCCCCUACAGCAAAGAUUGAGUAGGCUUCCUGACCAUAGGAUUUUUGUAUCAGCCGAGUCUGAGGAGUCUGCUGCUGCGCGGACACAAUUGGCAGACGAGGAAAUUGACGAUCUUGAAAACUAUCUUACCCAGCGGACGUGGCGCGGAUCCAGUUUGGUUUCUGCUUUGGAGAGCUUGCCGUCUUUGCGGAGGCGGUCUGCACUUGAGGAAAGGCUUGUUGCGGAGUCGGAUAAUCUUUCCUCUGGGCUUGGCCAGUCAGUAGAUAACCCGUCUAGUGCCUCUGAGGAAUUUCUUCGUCUGCGCAGAAAUGAAGGCAUCGAUGGCACGGUUGUUCAAUCUCAGUGCUCACUUCGUCUACAGACACAGCCUGACAGUAAUGAUACCUUUCCUUCCCAGCCCGCCGACGAAGGGCCUGUUUCACAGCGCCAGGACAUUCCAUCUUCGGAAAGUCGAUAUACUGACGACAGCGCGCCCUUUGAGGCUAUCCAGCCCGAGAGGCUUCCUUCUUUUUCGGUGAAAUACAACGCUAUCGGAGGGCGUGUGUCCGAACGCUUUUCUUCACUUCAAAGGGGACCUGAUACCCGCAAGAGCGUUUUCCAGCAAACGCAAUGCGCGCGUGAGGAACCCCUGCCUGCUGCCCAAACCGAGAAUCUGCCUUGUGAGCGGACACAUGCGGACGACGACGUUCUUGUCGUGUCAGAAAAAUUUCCUGUUUGGUUUGGUAGGUCAGCCGCAUUUUCUGAGCGUACAAACAAUGCACGUAUGCUUAAGGCGCAUCGACGGGAUCAUAGACAGACCGUUCCCCUACGGUAUGUACAUUAUCCCCCCUUAGUUGAGUCUGAGCGGCCCGCUUCCUUGCGGAGACGUCGGGCAGUUGACACACUUGCGUUGGAAAGCAUUCCUUGCCAAUAUAGGGCGUCUGCUAGCGAUGAGCCAAGUGCAGUGUCUGAUGGCGCUGCUUGUUUUCAAAACCAGUCUGCAGAUGAGGACCUGAUCAUCGUGUCCGAAUUAUUUCCCCUUUCGUGGAAUGGCUCUGGAGCCGACGAUGAUGAUGAUGAUGUGAUUAUUGAAUCUUGGGAUUCUGACAGUGGGAGAGGAGAGUCAUCAAGCGAUUUGUCGGAGACCUUCUCCUCAUUCGAACGAAGAUGGUCUGGACAUUACGAUGUCCCUGCCUUGUUCGGAGGCCAUACUUCUUGGCCAAUCCGCCCCUUCCACCGAGGUUGUUCCGGCAUGACACCAGGUUCAUCUGGCCAGGUCACGGCGCACAGCGAACAGGAGGCGGCUUCUACACCCGGCGAAAGGACCAACGCCUACGACCUCACAGAGUGCGUGCGCGCCGGUUUGUUGUCACUCAACGUCAAGACCGCUGUUUACGUGCUUCGGGUGUGCCGUGAAGAGGAGGCAGAGCGGCGAGUACUUCGCCUCUACAGUGAGUGCCAACGCAGCCAAUCGAGUGAAGCAUGCGCCGCGCAAAUACGCGGUAUAUUGCAGUCUGCCAUCGAACGUAAGAGCCAGCAAUGGAAGAGGAUAAAGACAUCGCUUCGUGCUAUAGGCAACCUGGGGGGUCAGUUCCCAGACCCGCGAGACUGCGGCGAACGGCCGUUAACUGACCUACAACAUCUCACAAGAAGCUUCGAGAAUUAGACGAAAGGGUCCCUCCAGUUUCGUUAUCGAGUGUGGCUUUUGUAGUCAGCGCCACAUGUAUCUCUAGUUGACAUAUUUGUGAAAUUUGUUUCCGUCUUUUUUUUUGCGCUUUGGCUAAUGCACCGUCAGAGUUCUGUAAUAUUCUGUUUGUGGAUAUUCUCUUGCCAUGGCAUUUCUGCUGUCACUGUGCUGCGUUUUGCGCUGUGUUGUGCUGUGUGUGCAAUGAACGGUACAAUAAAUGUUUGUGACUAAGCUA